AGGCGCGGAAUAAGUCCCAAAAGCGCACGUUAGUAAUCGGCAGCAUAGAAAAGAGUGAGUGUGGGUGUAGCAGGCAGGUGAAGUGAAGUGAGUGUUGCGAGGGGACGGACAUUUCGAAGCACGAACAAACUAAUUGACGAACAUAUAUAUCCCGUUCCAUAUAAAUCGAGGAAUUCCUCUUCAGCAACUCUGAUCUUUGUUGGAUCUUCCCAAUCUAAUUGCCAUUUGAGAGCCAUGGAGUCCGCCGCUGUUCUCCGCUCUUGCCAUUAUGCUUUCACCAAGGGGUCUCAUUUUAGGACUGUGCUUGAAAAACCUGGUACAGUUACUAUAAAUUAUUCAGCCUUCUCCAACCUGAGUAAAUUGACUGUUUGUGGUGGUAAAUUAAGUUCAUCUACGAACAGACAUGGCGCUAUCCUUGUGUCAUGCGUGAAGAAUUCUGAAACUCCUGUGACAUCCAAAUCUAACAGUGACCCCAAUGGAGCUGUUCUAGAGAAGAAAUCACCAUCCAGUAUGACUUUUCCCAAUGGUUUUGAGGCCUUGCUCACAGAAGUAUGUGAUGAGACAAAAAUUGCUGAGCUUAAACUUAAGUUUGGAGCCUUCCAAAUUCACAUGAAACGGAACAUUGAUGGCCCACCAGUCCCUGCAUCUGUUGUUCCCCAAACAACUGCACCACCUGUUCCAAGUAAACCAGCAAAUGCAUCAGCGCCUGCUGCCCUCUCAUCCCCGCCAAAACCUUCUUCAGAAAAGGUCAGCCCAUUUACAAAUGUCUCCAUCGAGAAGGUAGCCAAAUUGGCUGCACUAGAGGCCUCUGGAGCUACUGGCUAUGUUAUAGUAUCAUCACCCACGGUUGGUUCGUUCCGAAGAGCCAGGACUCUGAAAGGAAAGAAGCAACCUCCUGCAUGCAAAGAGGGUGAUGUGAUCAAGGAGGGACAAGUGAUAGGCUUUCUGGAUCAGUUUGGCACCGAACUUCCUGUCAGAUCCGGUGUGGCUGGAGAAGUCUUGAAGCUCCUUUACAAUGAUGGAGAAGCUGUGGGUUAUGGAGAUCCCCUCAUUGCCGUCUUGCCGUCCUUCCGUGGUAUCAACUAGAGUCAGUUGCUCCGAUUAAGACAAUUCAAAUUUUCUACUUCUCAUUUUCUUUGUUGAUAUCGUCGUCUUAAUCGAUGGAUAAGAUUUUUAUUAGAUCAAGUUCCAGUUAAAGAAAUUUCAGUGAAGUUGGGCUUCAUUUGUGGCAAUUUACCUGUUUUAAUACCAACAUCAUUUCUGUUCUUACUUAUUACACCUUUAAUUCCCAAGUACUAA